AUUGCGUACCAAAUAGUUUCAAAAUGGAGCACAUAGCAAUAGAAGUUGUGCUCAUUGGAUAAAACAUUUUUGGUUUUUUCAUUGUACUUGAGAGAAACAAAACAGUACCAUGGCUGUAUACUUUGAUCAUCGUUUGAAUACUGACCGUAGUGGAAUAAAUGUUGACACACAAUGGUAUGACGGUAGUCCAAUUUUAGCUGUCAACACGUACAGUGAUGAGACCGGAGGAUCGGUGAAUCUUUUCCUUGAUGAGGGAGAGAAGUUAAUGAAUGUUCCACUGACUCGCACUUGUCAGGCCACAGCUAUUGCCUGGCAUCCCACGAAAAAGAUCCUGGCUGUUGGAUGGGACAAUGGAGAGUUGCUGAUCUGGAAUGAACAUGAUCAUGAACUGCACGAAUCUCUUCCUUUACACAAAACCAGUAUCACUGUGCUGGGGUGGAGUUCAGCUGGUACACGACUGUCCUCUGGAGACAAGUCUGGCGUACUGAUGGUAUGGAAAGCUGAUGCAAAAGGUAGGCUCCAACAGAAUCCCCUACAUCAGCACCACAUACAGGAACCACUGAGAAUCAUGCUGUACCGGCCUGUCCCCCCACCGGAUCCUAACAAUGAUAUUGCACAGCUGGCCAGAGCUGCUGUUAGUGGUGAUGAAAGUGCUCUAGACAUGUUUAACUGGAAGAGAGGCAAAAAUAAUGCAAGAGGAGGGGCGUCAUUUGGAGCUCAAGAGUCAUUGACUUUCUUUGUGGGUGGAGCUACAGGUGGUGUGUACUUUGUGAAUGAUGCAGGCCAGUGUACACAGAUCUUCAAUGCAGACGGGCCUGUGAUGACCUUACUGCACUAUGAUGAAAAGAACCUGCUGAUCACUGUUACUGAGAACAUGUUGCUGACUCAGCACUUUAUCACGCCAGAGGGAGAAGCAAGGGAGGUUUUGAAGGUUAAAAUGAGUGGAAGAGGAGAGCAGCCCACCAUUGUAUGGGCGGGAGCGGGGAUCCUGGCUACAGCACUUGGAGAAGGUGUUGUAAGGAUGUGGGAUCUGGAACACGAAGACAACUUUAUCCUAUCCCUUGAAGGCCAUAGCAGUUAUGAUCACAACGAGACCAUCAGUUGUAUCUCAUACAGCCCAGAGAAAGGAACCCUGGCAGGAGGCACAAACAUGGGUAACGUGGCCCUGUGGAAGUACUCCCCUCCGCUGGGAGGAAAGGUAGUGGAUGGGGAGAUGAAGUGGAAACUACAGGCCCCAGCCACUGUGGAGGGACCCAUCAAACAGAUUAGGUGGGGAUCAAGCAAGCACCUGCUGUCUGUCAAUACGAUUGCCAAUGUGUUCAUGCUUAAUGAGCAAGUGAUGAGUGCAGGAUUUAAGGAACAGACUGCAGUGGUUCAGUAUGGACCCAGCUCCCUGUCCAUAGAAAUGUUUUCCAACAUGGACCACCAUGACCUUAAGACUGAUGUCCAAGUGAAGGGCAUAUUUACAACCAAAGAUGCAUUAGCUGUGUGGAAUGGUCGCCGAGUGAUGACCUACGAGUAUUCUUCUGACAAGACUACAAUUAAAGCAGCUGGAACAUUUACCACAGAGACCAUGAAUGUGUGUCUGUAUGAGCAGAAUGUCUAUUGCAUUGAGUCAAUGAAAGUUCAAGUGAGAACACAUCAGGGUACAGUCAAACAGACUAUAAAUUUCUCUGAACCCGAGGGUCAGCCGGUCAGUAUAGAUGUGUGUGGGACCUAUCUGGUCAUUGGAACUAGCAUUGGAUUGGUCCGAGUGUAUGACCUUUCCAGAAGAGAGGCCAAGCCCCAUAGUCAGCCCCGGAACCUAGGGGAGAUAAUCCCAGGAUUCGGCUCCAUCAUCUCCUGUAAAUGUAACUGUAAUGGAAGUCGAGUCAGUGUUUUGAUCAAAUCAACUCAAGGCACCACUGACCCUAAACUGUAUUUCUGGGACACGGAGGUGGACCAGGUAUCCUAUUUUAACUUUGAAACGGGUCGAGGCGAGCAAGAUGAUUUUCCUCCAGAACAAAUUGAGGGUAUCGAAGGAGACACCAAUGAUGCAGAAAGGGGGAAGACCCAGGCUGCUAAAGACAUUGCUGGCCGAUCGCCGAUGACGCACUACUGGGACGCCCAUGAUCCCAAGCUGGUUGUUUGUGAGGCUAAAAUCAUGAUCGAUGCUUUCAACAAGAAGGAAAAGGAGGAGAAGAAGAGUGUGUCUCUGUCCAAAACAAUGGACGACGGACCUGUGGAGGUAAUGAUUGUAUCGCUGUUCAGCACACCAGAGAACGGAAUCUUGAUACAGGACAGCUUUCCUCUCCCCGAUCAGUUCCAGACACUGCUCGGUAUCGAGGUCCCCUAUCACUACUUUGUCAAGAAGUCUGAGAACACGAGUGAUGAUGAUGGCGACAUUCCACGGACAGAGUCAUCAUCCCCCAGAAUGGUGGCUCGCAGGACCAUGAGGGACUUUGUAGGGCUGGAGGAUAGUGACAAAAAUACCAAAGAUGCCAUGCUUAACUUCAGCUACUAUCUGACUAUUGGCAACAUGGACGAAGCCUUCAAAUCUAUCAAGCUCAUCAAAAGUGAGUCUGUGUGGGAAAACAUGGCAAAGAUGUGUGUGAAAAGUCGGCGUUUGGAUGUGGCCAGUGUCUGUUUGGGCAACAUGGGCCAUGCCCGUGGAGCCCGGGCCCUCAGGGAGGCCAUGAAGGAGCCGGAACUUGACGCCAAAGUAGCUGUCUUAGCCAUGCAGUUAGGGCUAAAGGAAGAUGCAGAACGAUUACUAAAGAACUGUAAGAGAUAUGACCUGCUGAAUGAAUUCUACCAGUCUGUUGGAGAAUGGAAGAAAGCCCUGGAAACUGCAGAGAUGUAUGAUCGUAUCCAUCUGAGGACCACAUAUUAUAAUUUUGCCAAGCAUUUAGAAAUGAAGGGGGAUUACUCCGAGGCUAUUCCUAAUUACGAGAAGUCGGAUACACAUCGAUUUGAGGUCCCUAGGAUGCUGUUUGAUGAACCUGAAGCUUUAGAACAUUAUAUCAGUUUACACAAAGACAAGGCAUUACACAAAUGGUGGGCCCAGUACAUGGAGAGUACUGGAGACAUGGAGACCGCCCUACAGUAUUACGAGAACGCCCAGGAUUACCUGUCCCUAGUCAGAGUCUACUGUUAUUGUGGUCAGAUGGACAAGGCCUCAGAGAUUUGUAACAACACAGGUGACCGUGCAGCUUGUUAUCACCUGGGACGUCAGUACGAGAACCAGGAUCAAAUUAAGGAGGCGAUACACUUCUUCACCCGGGCUCAGGCUUACUUCAAUGCCAUCAGGCUCUGCAAAGAGCACGGUAUGGAGGAUCAGUUGAUGAACUUAGCUCUGAUGGGACGACCAGAGGACAUGAUAGAGGCAGCUCGUUAUUAUGAACAGAAACCAGGAGCCCAGGACAAAGCUGUUAUGUUGUAUCACAAGGCAGGUAACUUUUCCAAAGCCUUGGAUCUGUCCUUCCGAGCUCGACAGUUUGGAGCCCUGCAGCUCAUUUCAGGUGAGCUGGAUGAGCGAGCUGAUCCUGAGCUACUGAAACGAUGCGGAGAUUUCUUCAUGGAGAAUGGCCAGUACGACAAAGCUGUAGACUUACUGGCUAUUGGUAGAAAGUACUGGGAGGCAUUAAAGAUCUGCAUGGACCAGACCGUGGAGAUCAACGAGGAUUUAGCAGAGAAACUGACACCAAGUAAAGAUGACGCUGGAAUUGACACGAUGGAGAGGGUCAAAAUCCUGGAGGCCAUUGCAGAAGUUUGCAUGCAUCAGGGAGAGUAUCAUUUAGCCACAAAGAAAUUCACUCAGGCUGGAAAUAAAAUCAAGGCAAUGAAGGCCCUGUUGAAGUCUGGCGAUACAGAGAAGAUUUGUUUCUUUGCUAACGUCUCCAGACAGAAGGAGAUUUACAUUAUGGCUGCCAACUAUUUGCAGUCAUUAGACUGGCGUAAAGACCCCGAGAUUAUGAAAAACAUCAUAGGAUUCUAUACCAAAGGGAGAGCACUGGAUUCCUUGGCAGGCUUCUAUGAUGCUUGUGCACAGGUGGAGAUUGACGAGUACCAGGACUAUGAUAAGGCAUUGCGAGCUCUUGGGGAGGCAUAUAAAUGUCUCACUAAAGCUAAAAUGAAUGAUGAAAUGUUACUGGAGGAAAGAUUAGCUCAGUUAAAAAACAAGAUGGCUCUUAUCAAGAAGUUUGUCACUGCCAGAAGGGCAUUUGAGGAGAAUCCAGAGGAAGGGAUUAAGCAGUGUCAGAUUCUGUUAGAGGAGCCAGAUUUAGAGUCGGGCGUACGUGUCGGGGAUGUGUAUGGGGUCAUGAUAGAGUAUUACGCUCGCAGGGACAGAUGGAAAGCUGCUCAUGCUGCAAUAGAAGAAAUGAAGAGUAGAGUUUCCAAUGUUAACAUAGGUUAUUACGUGAAUAUGAGAACUGUAGAAGCCGUAUACCGUGCUUUGGACAUUCCUAUGGGUGACAUGAGUAGAGGGAAGAUGAAUGGAGUGAUGGAUGAAGAAGAUGGAGAGAUUGUAGAAGAGGAGGUGGAUAAUAUCUAUGGACAUGAUGAAGUUUGAUGUCCAGGGAAUACAGUGUGUCCAUUCCAUCAGUUUUCUGUGAUACUCCAAUUUUGUUGUAAUACAGUUCUGUUUUUGUUGCUAUGACAACUGGUCUAAUAAUAGUUAGCUUUACAAACACUUUUGACUAUUUAAUAGAAUCUUUUCUUUUUAAUACUUAUAUUUUCAGAUCUGUUUUCCUACAAUAUUUUUUAAAAAUGUACUGAUAUCUGAAGAUUAUUUAUGAUAAAUUAAAACUUUUCAUGGAAACUUGAAAUGUAGGAAUUUGGAAUUUAAUUAUUAGAUUAAUUAUUUGUGAUAAAUAAUGCCACUCCUUAUGUUUGACUACAUGUCUAUAAUUGAUUGUUUAAAUGAGAACAAAGCCCACCUUUUUUUAUAAUGUUUAUUAUUGCAGUCAUGCACUGUCUGAUCACUUGCAAUGUUUUUGAAAUGUUGAUAGAAUUAACAGAAUUAUUUUGGGUGUAAUAAAUGUUCAGCUCCCCCCUUAAAAGAAACACCUUUACAAUGCUUUCUUUAGGAUUUAUUCAUAGAAAUCAUGUAGGAGCUGGAAGAUAUUUUAUUCUGUUUAAAGAUGUUUUUGGGAUGAAGAAUUUCAGAAUCAUACUCGUUUAAAUUUCUGGUGGUUGUGUUUUUGGUUGUGUCUUUGUCAUGUGAUUCAUUUCUUUGUCAUGUGAUUUAUUUCUUUGUCAUGUGAUUUGUCAUGUGAUUCAUUUCUUUGUCAUGUGAUUUGGACAAUAUUUUAUACAGCUACUGCCUUUUGUUUUGUUUUAUACACAAUAUUAUUUUCUUCAAUUUGUUGGGUAUAUUUUCACAAUUUAUUUGCAUUACAAAGAAUCUUUCAAGACAUUGUGCACCAUUAAUUAUGAUCUUUAAAAUUUGCCCAGAAUGAAAGGGGCAUGAAUAUGAUUUUCGAUCAUUUGAAAGUAAACCCCCCCAACCCCCCCAACCCCCCCCCCCCACACACACACACACAACCCCCCCCCCCCCUUUUUGGUUAUAGAAAUAAGGAUCUUUCAUUAAUAAGUGGAUUAAAGAUAUUUCUUUACAAAAUGCAUCAUAUUUACAUGACCAUAAAAGUGGACUCCCAAAAUCAUGUUUGUUAAGACAUUGUUUAUAUCCAGAGAGAGAUGAAUUUCAUACAACUGUAAACAAAUGCUUGUUAUCAGCCAACAAACGUCGCGCAGAGGGAAAAACUCCAGGAUAUCUUAAAAGUGUCUCAAAACAUUCAACAUUUCAAAAUAGAUUAAUGAUAAAUCAAUAUAUUGUGCAUAUUCAGAGAAAAAAAGAACUGAAAAUUUCUUUUAGAAAAUAUUUUUUUAUCGAAGGUGUCAACUUUGACACCAUGUGGAUAGUUUAGUUGCAUAACAUGUAAACAUAUAUGGGGCUUCAGUUGAAAAUUGAAAAGUUUAGAUGUAUCAAAUAUUACUUUACAUCAGUUUUUGAAAUUUUGGUUUUCAAGUACAUGUAUUGUCAAUUCUUUAUUAAAUAUCUUGAGUUGUGGUUUUUAAAAACCAAAAUCAUGUCCAUGCCUCUUUCAGGGCAACAGGCAAGCUAUUUUGCCAAAAAUAUUUGUAUCAUAAUAAAAAAAAAUUGCACUUUUUGCUAGAUAUAUUAGCCUAAAAUUACAAGCCAAGCCUAGCGAUUCUCAGUACUUACAGUACUUUGAUUGCUAGAUAUAUUAGCCUAAAAUUCAAUAUGAAUUACUCUCAUCUUUUUUUUUAAUUUAUUUUUUUUUGCAAAGAAAAUGUCCCAAGUAUGAAUCACACUUUGAUUAAGUUUUUUUUUAAAACUAUCAGCAAGUUUGUUGUUUAUUUUUAGAUGUAGCAACAUGCAAACAACUAGGUGCAGAACCUUAGGACCUGUAGGAUUAGGAAAUUGGUUCCUCCCAGAGAGCCACAGUUCUAAAGCUAGUAAACCAAAAUUUAAUAGGGAAUUCAAAACUGAUAGUUUUGUUUGCAUAAAUGCAAAAUAGCAUCCGCCCCCUACCCCCCCCCUACCCCCCCCCCCCCCCCCUUACCCCCCCCCCCUAUUUGUGUCCGGAGCCCUCUACUCUCUAAUUAAGGAGGAAGAUGGUGAGACGGAGGUGAAUUUACCAGAAGUGAUAAUGAAAAUGUCCCUCCUCUGGCAUUGUGUACUGAUUCAUUGUCGUCUAAAGUGUUAUAAUACUUAUCUUUUUGCUGCUUUUUCCCAUAGAGUGCAAGGAAAUCAAUUCUGCAAGUGACACAUUGGCUUAAUUUAAAUACUGAAAUUUUCAUUCCAGGUUUUAAUGGAAAUGUUCAUCAUUUCAUUUUGUAUGUAUAUGCAUUUUAUGUUUUAUUUAUUUAAAAACUUUUUCUAUGUAGCUACAUGUAGGUUGUUAAAUUUCAGUUUAUUGAACAUGUCAAUAUCUUUGUUGCUGUUGUGAAAAAUGUGUAGAUUAAUGGCUCCAUAACGGUUUGUUGGUGUGAAUACAAGUCUCCUAUCGUUUUGAUGCUGAUCAUGUGACCUGUGACAUCAGAUCAUAUGGUCAUGUGAUAUAUGUAAGGCUGUAUCAUAUUAUGAAGUGAUGUGAUUUAGUUCUUGUAUCAAUCUGGUGCCGUCCUUUUUCUUAUUGAUUGUACUGGGAAUAAUCUCAUGUAUACAUGCAGAAAUAAAAAUUGUAAAGUGAA